AUGUUCGUCUCCACGGUAACGGACUCCUCGCCGUCCUACGAGUGGUCACUGGUGACCCCCCCUGGCACUGGCCCCACUAACGGCACAGAGUGGCACCGUGACACGCUGCUGGUGGUGGCUGAGGUGAUCGUGCUGGCGGUCAUCCUGGUUAUGGCGUUGCUUGGCAACAGAUUGGUGCUCGUGGUGUUGCUGAGAAGGAGACGAUUUCACAACCCGCUCCAUCAGUUCAUGCUCAAUCUCUGCUUGGCCGACCUGGUGGUGGCGCUGUUCCAGGUGCUGCCCCAGCUAGUUUGGGACACCAAGGGGCGCUUUCCUGGCCCAGAUGUCUUGUGUCGCCUGGUGAAAUACCUUCAAGUCCUAGGGAUGUUCGCCUCCUCCUACAUGAUCGUUGCCAUGACAAUAGAUCGCCAUUAUGCCAUCUGUUGCCCCCUGCUGGCGCACCGUAGCUGGGCCACCCAGCGAUGGAACAGCCUCACACUGCUGGCCUGGGGACUGUCACUGCUGCUCAGUCUGCCACAGGUUUUCAUCUUCUCUCGUUCAGAAGUGGCCCCUGGGGUCUACGAAUGCUGGGGCAACUUUGCCGAAUCCUGGGGUCUUAAGGCUUAUGUGACAUGGAUGACACUGGCAGUCUUUAUCAUCCCCGUCUUCAUCAUCACUGUGUGUCAGGUGCGCAUCUUCAAGGAGAUUGAGAACAAUCUUUAUCUGAAGUCGGAGCACCGCCAGCGUUCUUCCUCCCUUCGUCCUUCCAGAGCAGACAGCCAGAGAGGAGUAGGAGGAGAAGAAGGAGGGAGAGGAAGAGGACGGUCCAGAGGAGGAGAGGCGAUAGCAGCCAUGUCCAAGACAGUGAAGAUGACUCUGGUCAUUGUGCUCGUUUACUGCCUGUGCUGGGCUCCCUUCUUCAGUGUGCAGCUGUGGGCUGCCUGGGACCCCGAUCCACCUGAGAGUGGUGCAGUGUUCACUCUGCUCAUGCUGCUGGCCAGCCUGAACUCCUGCACCAAUCCUUGGAUCUACUCUGCAUUUUCCAACAGCAUCUCUCCUGAGCUCCGUCUCCUGCUGCUGUGCCGCACACACGCACAACGCAGAGGUUCUCUACCAAACGACUCAACAGGCACACACACCACCCUGUCGCCUGACACACACACACACAGGGGCGUCGCACCACAUUCUAAAGGCCCCCCAUUCCACCCUGAACCCAAACGUUUCCGCCCCAUACACACACACUUGGCAUGUUUACAUGCACUAAAAAACUAAUUAUUGCAUGGACUGAAGCCAGCUUUUUAAAAGACGUGUUAAAACCUUAAUUAGGUUCUUGACUUUUUAAAGACGGGAUUAACAUAUUUACAUAAACACCAUAAACAAUUUUGUUUAGUUUAAAUAUAAAAAAUCAAUAUAAAGUGGCCACAAUAUGAAUAAAAAAAAAAAGUAAUAUAACCUAUUAUUCACAUAAAUAUAAUUAUACAACUGUCAAGUUUCCCUUUAGUUCAGAAUGUAAAGUAGAGAUUAGCUGAUUCAUGUUUUAUUACCAGCAGUGGAUAAUAGAUGAUAAUACAUCAUUAUCAGAAGUGGGUAUAGUAACGCGAUACGUUUACUCUGUUACAUUUACUUAAGUAACUUUUUGGACAAAUUGUACUUGUCAGGGCUGUUUAAAUAAAACAUCCUUUUUAUUUUUACUUUAGUAUUUUUGUGAAGAAGAAACUACUUUUACUGGGUUACAUUGAGUUUAGUUCCAAUCAUUACAUUUAUUUGUAUCACAAUGAUGUGUAAUCUAUUACCCCGAGAGAGACACGUGGUAGAAAGAGGAUGGAUGGACAAUUAAGGCGUACAACGUUUUAAUUUGUCAGUGAGCCUUCUUCCGGCAGGUACUGUCACAUGACUCUGUUUCACCAAUCCAAUGUAAGCACUGGUGACGUUUUACUCCAUCCCACCAAUCAAACGCUGCCUGCCAUUCUACCUGGCCAAUAACAAGCCGGUGUUCUGUCAAUGUCUGCAACGCCUCCGCUACUAAGCAUUUGUGCAAAAAUGCAAAUACACUAUAUUGCCAAAAGUAUUUGGCCACCUGCCUUGACUCACAUAUGAACUUGAAGUGCCACCCCAUUGCUAACCCAUAGGGUUCAAUAUGAUGUCGGUCCACCUUUUGCAGCUAUUACAGCUUCAACUGUUCUGGGACGGCUGUCCACAAGGUUGCGGAGGGUGUUAAUAGGAAUUUUUGACCAUUCUUCCAAAAGGGCAUUGGUGAGGUCACACACUGAUGUUGGCCGAGAAGGCCUGGCUCUCAGUCUCCAUUCUAAUUCAUUCCAAAGGGGUGUUAUCGGGUUCAGGUCAGGACUCUGUACAGGCCAGUCAAGUUCAUCCACACCAGACUCUGUCAUCCAUGUCUUUAUGGACCUUGCUUUGUGCACUGGUGCACAGUCAUGUUGGAAAAGGAAGGGGCCCUCUCCAAACUGUUCCCACAAGGUUGGGAGCAUGGAAUUGUCUGAAAUGUUUUGGUAUCCUGGAGCAUUCAAAGUUCCUUUCACUGGAACUAAGGGGCCAAGUCAAACUCCUGAAAAACAACCCCACACCAUAAUUCCUUCUAUACCAAAUUUCCCAUUCGGCACAAUGCAGUCCGAAAUGUACCGUUCUCCUGGCAACCUCCAAACCCAGACUCGUCCAUCAGAUUGCCAGAUGGAAAAGUGUGAUUCAUCACUCCAGAGAAGGCGUCUCCACUGCUCUAGAGUCCAGUGGUGACGUGCUUUACACCACUGCAUCCCACGCUUUGCAAUGAACUUGAUGUAUGGCUUAGAUGCAGCUGUUCGUCCAUGGAAACCCAUUCCAUGAAGCUCUCUACGUACUGUACGUGGGCUAAUUAGAA